CCCUCUCCCGUCGCCCCCCGCGCGGCGCGGCGCAGCGCCCCCCGGCGGCGCGGAGGUGGCGGCGGCGGCGGUCGGAGCGCGGCGGGGAUGAGCGAGGAGGGGGCGGGCGGCGGGGCCAGGCGGAGCGGCGGCUUCCCCAGCCCUGUCCGCAGCCUGGAGCAGAUGCUGGCCUCCAGCCCCGGGAAGACCCCCAUCAGCCUCCUGCAGGAGUAUGGCACACGCAUAGGGCGCACCCCGGGCUACGACCUGCUGAAGGCAGAGGGCCAGGCACACCAGCCCAACUUCACCUUCCGUGUCACCGUCGGCGACGUCAGCUGCACCGGGCAGGGACCCAGCAAGAAGGCGGCGAAGCACAAAGCAGCGGAGGUGGCCCUGAAGCUGCUGAAGGGGGGGGACAUGCUGGAGCCCGGCGCCCCCGAGGAGCCCAGCUCUCCUUUCCCCCCAGAGCCCCUGGCAGAGCCCGGCCCCACAGCUGCCCCCCCGGCCCCCGCUGUGCCCCCACCUUCCCCCAGGGGUACCCCCCUGGAGGUGAAGGCGCCCGUGCCCCCCCCACAGUCGGAGUGUAACCCCGUGGGGGCUCUGCAGGAGCUGGUGGUGCAGAAGGGUUGGCGCCUGCCCGAAUACACGGUGACCCAGGAGUCGGGGCCGGCGCACCGCAAGGAGUUCACCAUGACGUGCCGCGUGGAGCGCUUCGUGGAGAUCGGCAGCGGCACCUCAAAGAAGCUGGCGAAGCGCAACGCGGCCGCCAAGAUGUUGGUGCGCAUCCACAACGUCCCCAUGGAGCCGCGUGAGGGCAGCGAGGCUGAGGUGGAGGAGGAUCAGUUCUGCAUGGCGGGUCCUCGGCUGGAGGGGCUGCGGGGCCGCACUCCGGGCUGCACGUGGGAUUCCCUGCGCAACUCCGCGGGCGAGAAGAUCGUGCAGCUGCGGAGCCACCCGUUGGCAGCCAUGGGCGCGGGCGCCUGCGCGCUGCUGCAGGAGCUGUCCGAGGAGCAGAGCUUCGCCAUCAGUUACCUCGACAUCGAUGCGCUGAGUCUCAGCGGGCUGCACCAAUGCCUGGUAGAGCUGUCCACGCAGCCGGCCACCGUCUGCCACGGCGCUGCCCCCUCCCGCGACGGCGCCCGCUCCCACGCUGCCCGCAACGCCCUCCAAUACCUCCGCAUCAUGGCGGGGGGCAAAUGAGCCCCCACCCCCCGCCCGGAUGGACCCCCGGCACCCGGAGCCCCCUGGAUGGAGCCGGGGAUGCACAGACGGACCCACGGACGGAUGGACGGACGGAGCCACAAAGCGACACGUGGACACCCCCACGGACAGCCGGACCCACCAACGCGCCCUGUGGGCACCCGGACGGACCGUCAGCCAUUGCGACAGACGCACGGACGGACAUUCGGGCCCUGGAUGGACCUCAGGGCUGGGGGGACCUCUGCUCUGCCCCCCACCCCCAGGUGGGUCCCCGGGCACAGGCAGCCCCCAGGAAUAAAGCUGGGGGGGUUUGUAA